CAGCAAACAUGUUACCAGACGGUUAAUAGGAUAGCACCUAAAGCAAGCUAGUUAGUUUGAUACUCACCAGCCCGCUAGCUAGGUCCACAAGCUUACAUCCUUGCCGGACGCGGGCUGGGCUAGGAGGCCUUCAGUACUGAAAUAGGCGAGAAUGCAAGCAGGUCUACGCCGGGGCUUACGGUCGGGGACCCUUCGGGGGCUAGCAUUUAAGGCUGCACGAUGCAAGCACGUAAUGGCUGUCGCUUCUGCGAAAACGUCUAUAAUUCGCGAAAUCCAAAGGCAAAUUGUUAGUAAGGAACGCAGUGCAGUAGAGAUCACACAACAGUAUCUUGACGCUAUCAGCAAGGCGGAUUCUACCGUCUGCAGCUUUAUCACAGUCGAUGCGGAGCAGGCACUUGCGCAGGCUCGUGCGGUCGAUGCACGGAUAGCCAGCGGAGGCACAGAGGGCCUUGGCCCUCUCGCCGGCGUUCCCCUUGCCAUAAAGGACAACAUCUGCACGCAAGGCACCCGCACCACAGCUGGAUCCCAAAUCCUGCGCGACUAUGUGCCAACCUUCGACGCGACCGCGGUCAGCAAGCUGCGCGCUGCUGGCGCCAUCUUCCUCGGCAAAACCAACAUGGACGAGUUCGGCAUGGGCAGCUCCACGGAAAACUCAUCCUACAAGCCCACCCGCAACCCCUGGGACCCACAGCGUGUGCCCGGCGGCUCCUCGGGCGGUUCCGCGGCGGCAGUGGCGGCGAGGGAGUGCGUGGCGGCCCUGGGCUCCGACACGGGCGGCAGCAUUCGCCAGCCCGCCCACUUCUGCGGCAUCGUGGGUCUGAAGCCCACCUACGGCCGCGUGUCGCGGUACGGCCUCAUGUCGUAUGCCUCUUCGCUGGACGUCAUAGGGCCCAUGACGCACAGCGUGGAGGACGCGGCGCUGCUGCUCAACGUGAUGGCGGGCGGUGACCCACGGGACGCCACCAGCAGCGGCCAGCCCGUCCAGGACUUCACUGCGGGGCUGCGGCACAGCAGCAGCAGCAGCGGCUCCUGCUCCUCCUCCUCCUCAGCAGCAGCAGCAGGGACAGGGAGCAGCGGCAGCGGCAGCAGCAGUCGCCCCCUGGCGGGUCGUCGCGUGGGUCUGGUGUGUGAGACGCUGGGGGAGGGGGUGGCGCCCGAGGUGGAGGCGGCGGUGCGGGCGGCGGCGGGGCACCUGCAGCAGCUGGGGGCGGAGGUGGAGGAGAUCUCCCUGCCUACCUUCGGUCUGGGCCUGCCCGCCUACUACGUCCUCGCUCUGUCCGAGGCCUCCGCCAACCUGUCGCGCUACGACGGGGUGCGCUACGGCGCGCGGGCGCCCUCCGCGGCCGACCUGGCCUCGCUGUUCUGCGGCUCCCGGGGCGCGGGGCUGGGCGGCGAGGUGAAGCGGCGCAUCCUGAUGGGCAGCUACGCGCUGUCGGCGGGGUACUACGACGCGUACUACAAGCGCGCGCAGCAGGUUCGCACCCUAGUCCAACGUGAGAUGUCGGGCGCCCUGCAGCGCUGCGACGCGUUGCUCACCCCCACCGCCCCCACCCCCGCCUACCGACUGGGGGAGAAGGCCUCCGACCCGCUGGCCAUGUACAAGGGAGACCUCAUGACCGUCAACGUCAACCUUGCGGGCCUGCCCGCGAUUGUGCUGCCGGCGGGGUACGUGCGGGUGCCAGCAGGGGCAGCAGCAGGGGAUGCAGCAGCAGGGGAGGGGGUGCAGCUGCCGAUUGGCAUGCAGCUGAUCGGUCGGGCGUUUGACGAGGCGGGGCUGCUGCAGCUGGCGCAUGUGUACGAGCAGACGGCGCAGCUGCCCGCGUUGACGCCACCGCUGGCAGUGUGCUGAGGAGGCGGGGGGGUGUGGGUUACGGGUUACGGUGUGCAUUGGGAGCAGCGUUGGUGGGGCCCGGCUGGUUGGUGUGGAUUAACGAGGGUGUAGGGAACCGCAGCAAUGUGCGUAAGUGAGCUGCGUGUGGUUCCAUGUCAGGGUUCAUGUCGGCUUCCGGGUUGCGUGCGUGUAGUUGGUGGCUUAUCGCUUGCAGUGCCCCCGCCCACGGAAGGGGUUGUGAAGGGGAAGCAACUGGGGCAGGGGGUACAGCAGCUGUGGGUGGCAGGCUGGCUGGCAGGCUGGCUGGCAGGAGGGCGCGCGCAAAGGCAGCAUAGCGGCGUAGGGACUCUGGCCGCACAGCUAGGAGUGAGCAGCUAGCUAACUAGGGCAGUUCCUAACCUCGAGCUGCGCUGCUUGGCAGUACUUUGAAGGUACAGUUUUGAGGCGGAUUCUGUGUGAUGGUUACGUGCAGUGUGGCGCUGGCCUUGCAGCUUCCAAGGAGCUUCCAGGAGCCCAGCCUGCGAGCCGGAGGUCUCGUGCGGGUGAAGUGCCGCAUGCGGGCUGAGUGAGGGCUGCUGGGGCGGGUGGCGCUGCGGCGGUGGCCACAGAAGGCCGUCCGGGUGGGAGGUCGUACCACAGUGCCUUGUGGUUGGCACUAGCUUGGCCGUUGUACGGUAUUCAUCCACGGUUAUUUAUGCAUAUGUCCGGAAG